AUGACCUCUUUGCCCUGCCCUCUCCUCGGCCGGGAUGCCUCCAAAGCCGUCUUCCCGGACCUCGCCCCCGCCCCGUUGCCGGCGGCUGCCUACCCUCUUGGCCUGCCCUCAACAGCUGCCUCCGUCCCCGGUUUCUCCUACUCGGGGCCCUAUGGCCACCUCCUGCCCUACCCCUACACUGGCCCAGCGACCCCAGGUGACUCCUACCUGCCCUGCCAGCAGGUUGCAGCGGCCCCUCAGUCCCUCCGCUGCCCCGCCACUGGGCACCCGCAAGAGCGGGAAGCAGACUCGGAAAAGCCUCCCCUGUCCCUGGAGCCCUCGCAGCCCCGGCCACAGGCCAAGAAGUUGCGCAAGCCCAGAACCAUCUACUCCAGCCUGCAGCUGCAGCACCUGAACCAGCGCUUCCAGCACACGCAGUACCUGGCGCUGCCCGAGAGGGCUCAGCUGGCUGCGCAGCUAGGCCUCACACAGACCCAGGUAAAAAUCUGGUUUCAGAACAAGCGCUCCAAAUACAAGAAACUCCUGAAGCAGAACUCUGUGGGCCAGCAAGGGGAUUUCUCCUCGGCCCCCUCCCCCCUGUCUCCCUGCUCCCCACCCUUUCCAUCCUUGUGGGAUCUACCCAAGGCCGGAGCCCUGCCCACCGAGGACUAUGGCAACCACUUUGGAGCCUGGUAUCAGCAUUACUCCCCAGAGGUCCUGGCUACACCACAGAUGAUGUGA